AUGAAGACGUGCAUCGUAUUUUUGUCAAUACUCGUGGCAACGAGAUUAUUGUCGGUGUGCAGUGGCUACAGAAUACUAGGAGUUUUCCCAGUCAACGCAAAAAGUCACAAUAUCGUGUUCGAGGCAUUGAUGAAGGGUUUGGCGCGACGUGGGCAUCGCGUCGACGUGAUAACGCACUUUCCGCUGCAAAAGCCCGUGAAAAAUUACCACGAGAUCGUCAAUCUCGAUGGGUCGAUGGAAAGGCUGGUGAACAAUUAUUCCAUGAAGUUCGUGAAAGAAAUAUCUCUCGUGGAUCCCGUGGAAAAUAUGGUGAUGCUGUAUGGGAAUCGAAUUUGCGAUUUCAUGGGUUUCGAUGAGAUGCAACAAUUAAUCAAUAACCCACCGACAAAUCCACCCUAUGAUGUCGUCAUUGUCGAGGCGUUCAUGGCAAAUUGUUACUUCGGGCUCGGCCACGUCCUCAAAGUUCCCGUGGUCGCUGUAUGCUCGAGCGGCGCCUAUCCAUGGCUGGUCGAGUCCUCCGGCAACGACGACAACCCCAACGUCGUCCCGAGCGUUUUCCUGUCCCACGGCGCCGGGCCCACCAUGACCCUCUGGGAGCGCGUGAAAAACUUCGUCAGCAAUCGCAGAGACACGAGCAAGUUUCACGCUCUCACGGGCGACUAUCAAACCAAAGCCAUGAGAAAGUACCUGGGCCCAGACGUACCCGACAUUCGGGAGAUGGAAAAGAGCGUGGCUCUGACCCUUGUCAACGAUCACCCGGUCAUCUUCGGCGUCAAACCGGUACUGCCCACUUGGGUGCACAUUGCCGGACUCCACAUCGAGGAAAACGACGAGCACCUCACCCCGGAGUUGAAACGGUGGUUGGACGAUAGCGUGCACGGGGUUGUUUACUUGUCGUUUGGGUCGAUGGUGCUGGUAGAGUCGUUGCCGAAGGAACAAUUGGAGGAGAUUUACGCGGCUUUCGCCAAAAUCGCGCCAAUGCGGGUAUUGAUGAAAGUCGUGGAUGAAUCGGUAUUGCCGGCCGGUCUGCCGGAUAACGUUGUGACGAUGCCGUGGAUUCCGCAGAUACCGCUACUAGCCCACAAAAACGUGAAAGUCUUCAUAACUCAUUGCGGACUCGGGGGAAUACUGGAGGCACUGUACUACGGAGUUCCUAUGAUCGGUGUGCCGCUGUUUGCCGAUCAGUUCCGCAAUUGCCGGGCGUUCGCUGAAAAAGAAACGCUGAUUCAAAUAAAUUUUAAAGAACUGUCCGACAAAGUUCUUAACUCGGCCCUCGAAAGGAUCACUCGUGAUCAUUCCAGUUACAAGGAAAAAGCUGUGCAUUAUUCGAAAAUAUUCAAGGACCAACCGAUUAGCCCGAUGAACAGUGCCGUUUUCUGGAUAGAAUACGUCAUCAGGAAUGGCCAAGCUCUUAGGCCCCCGACGCUUGAUUACACUUGGUGGCAAUUGGCUGGGCUCGAUGUUCAUCUGAUUAUACUAUUUGCAUUUGUUUUGAGCUCGGCCAUGAUUUUUAUGAGCGUCAAAUUGAUGGUUAAAACUAUUUCAAAACUAAUUAUCAGAAACUUUUACGGUACCGAUAAGGUGACGAAAAAAAGUCAAUGA